GUUUCAGGAGACAGAACUUCCUCCUAUUCAUGAAUUUUAUAGUACUUUUAAAGGUGAAUACCAUGAUCUCUAUCUUAAAACUGAUGUACUUAGUCUAGUAGAUGUCUGGACAGAGUUUCGAAAAAUGUCUAUGGAAUAUUAUGAACUUAAUCCCAGUCACUAUGUUUUGCCUCAUUAUUAUCCUGAAAUGAAAUGCUUAAGAUGUCAGAA